UUUGAAUAAAGUGGGAACUCAAUAAUUGAAAGAUCAGGUCUUAUUUUAUUGGGUCAAACACUCAACACAAAGGGGGAGAAGCUUGCAAAUUAUCCAAAGCGAAAAUAAGGAACAAAAUUAAUUAACCCCCCCAAAAAAAAGAAUAGAAGCAGCAGAAGGAGGAGGAGGAAUGGCAAGCGUAGCUUCAGCUUCCCCAGGUAGACGCACGCCUCCUUCCGCCGCCGAUUCCGGUAACUCCAACCCUCACUCUCCGAAGAGCAACCAGGUGGAAUCUGCCACAAACAAUGGGGUUUCUCAUACUGAAGAGAAAAAACUUGACUUGCCUGAUGAACUUGAUCAUUUGGACAGCACAGAGUGCAUUGAAAGGUUCAGAAAAUAUGAUGCCGAAUACACUCGUCGUUUGAUGGCAAAGUAUUUCUCUGGGAAAACAGUAUUUGGAGGGAACAACAUAUUUGAUGAGCAAAUAACAAUAGGGGAUGAAGUUAUAAAGUCAAGCAGGUUGCCUUGUUUCCGGUCAUAUACGGAUCCUGUUGUAGGUGUUGAAGAGCAAAGCAGCAACGGAUCUACUACCAUCCCAAAUGGGAAGCACUUGCCGAAGAAGAAUUGAAUUUCGAUGCAGAAGCAUGACAAGGAAUAUGCUGUCACAGUGAACACCAUGCAAAUCAAGGCAUCGUGAAAAGGAAAAUUAUGGAUCUUGUGACCCUGAAAAGAUGGUUAUGGCCUCAAAACCAUCAAUUUCCAUGCCCAUAACAAGGUUUCUGGGCCAUGGUUUUUGUGGUUAUAAUUAUGUGUAAAGGGCUACUACCAUUCAUAUGAUUCAAUAUACUAAUCAAAGUAAAUAAGCCCUUUUUUCUUUUUCUUUUUUCAAUGUUGCAUUUUUUAUUCAAUAUUAAUUUGUCUUUGUUAUGUUUAUUAUUAUAUGAUGUUCCUAUCUCAGUUAAAAGAAAAAGAUAAGUCAGUUCCUAACAUAAGGAGCCUUAUUGUCUGAAGACUCAGUUGACUUUCUAAAA